ACAUCCAAUGUUUUCGUCUACGCAUAUUUACAGAUUUUCCUUUAUUAUUGUUAAUGUUAUUAGCCACAAUUAAUUCAAAAAUAUUUAAUUUCAUCGAAAAAAUAUAAUGUCUCGUCUUUGCUUCACUGUAUUUUUGCUGCUUCUUGCAGCCGCAACUGCUGCUGUUCACUGUAAUAACGAGCUUCAAGCGGUGGCAAUGGCGAGAGAAGCAUUGCUGUUGCAAUCGGGUCGGGUCGGGUACGAGAUGCUCAGCGGGUCGGGCGGUGAUGACGGUGCUGAUGCUUUGGCUGACUGCGUGAAGCUGUAUGAAGCGGCGGAGCCGAGGCUGGGAUUGUUGGUUUUUGCGGGUGACAGUAACUUUAGCCGCGAUGAUGCUGUGACUUGGCUCGGCGCAGCAUUGGCGAGCCACGCCACUUGUCUGGACGGCUUGGGGGAGAGGGAAUGGCUCGUUGAAGCCGGGCAGGCGCGGAAUUUGACUCGGCUUAUUAGCCGCGCCUUGGCUCUAUACAGCGCCGCCGGCGGAGCUGAUACGAGAAGGAAAUCGUCGACGGGGUCUGACGUGGCAGGGCUUCUGGCGUCGUGGGAUGUUACGACCUCGAAGGCCGAUUUGGUGGUGGCGCAAGACGGCUCCGGAAAUUACAGGACCGUUAGUGAAGCUGUGGCGGCACUCGGUCGGAAAAGGCCCGCCGGCGGAAGAAUCGUCGUGCACGUGAAGUCGGGGGUGUACAGAGAGACUGUGGACAUUGGUAGGAAUCUAAAGAACGUCAUGUUCGUCGGCGACGGAAUUGACAGAACUGUCAUCACGGCCGGCCGGAAUGUCCCUGACGGCGCCACCACUUUUAACUCCGCCACGUUUGGUGUCUCCGGCGACGGGUUCUGGGCUCGGGACAUGACAUUCGAGAACACGGCGGGGCCGGAGAAGCACCAGGCGGUGGCGGCGCGUGUGAGCUCCGACGAGUCUGUAUUCUACCGGUGCAGCUUCAGGGGCUACCAGGACACCCUCUUCGUCCACUCGCUCCGACAAUUCUACCGCGACUGCCACGUGUACGGCACCAUCGACUUCAUCUUCGGCGACGCCGCCACGGUUUUCCAAAACUGCGACAUACUCGUCCGGCGGCCGAUGGAUCACCAAUCCAACAUAAUAACGGCGCAGGGGAGGAGCGAUCCCAACCAGAACACCGGAAUCUCGAUCGUCAACUCCCGCGUGUCGCCGGCAGGCAAUUUUCAGGCCGUUAAGGGAAAAUUCAAGACCUACUUGGGGCGGCCAUGGAAGCCGUACUCCAGAACCGUAAUUAUGAAGACGGAAUUGGACGGAUUCGUCGACGGAAAAGGAUGGAAAGAAUGGAGCGGAGACUACGGGCUCAAGACUCUGUAUUACGCCGAGUAUAUGAACAGCGGCGCCGGGGCUUCCACGGCGAGCAGAGUGAAAUGGCCUGGUUUCCAUCUGAUGCACGACCGGCGAGAAGCUGAAGGGUUUUCUGCCGGAAAGUUCAUCUCCGGGGAGAGCUGGAUUCCGGCGACCGGAGUGCCGUUCAUGGCAGGGAUAUGAUGAUAUAUGUGAUAUAAUAAUAUUUGUGAUGUGCAUCGAAUACAAUGUGUAGAAUAAUGGAAUUCUUCUACAGCUGUGUUAUUUUUGUACUGCAUUCUUCACCAAAUGCCUUUUUGUUUUUGCCAUUGUUCCUCGGCUUCAAGCGUCGAGGCCCGGGCCGGGAUACGCGGGUAAGCUCAUGAUGCGCUUGUCGAGCACCGGACCACCUAUAGUAAAGUGGUAGAGGCUCUGAUACUUCAAACCUUUCAAUCCAAGAAUCUCGUGUA